AUGCGUAACUCCUACUGUACAACAUCAAACCAAUAUUUUUAUAAUAAAUUAGAAACUAUCAACCAUAUAAGUAAUAUGAUGAAUAAUAAAAUUCCAAUGAGUGAUGUAAAUAAAGAUGAUUAUAGUUUAAGAAUGGUCAAUUCAAUAUCAUCAACAACAUUACCAAAAACAAUACUAAAUCCUUAUAAUAAUAAUAUCAAUAAUAACAAUAACAAUAUGGAUACAACAAUGGAAACGACAUCAGUGCAUACUACUUCUACGCUUGUUAACUGUAGUAGUUUUGUUGAACAACAAAAUCUAUCACUUACAAAAAACGAACCAAAUAAUGAUAAUGGGAUAACUAGAGACAAUUCAGUGGAUUCAAUAAAACGUUCAUCUUGCGGUGAAUUCAAAUUAAAUGAAAGUUCAAUAAAUGGAUUCAAAGAAAAUCAAAAUAAUAUCUACAAUAUGACUCCAGCAUUAAAACAAUUAGAAAAUUUAAAAAAUGGAAUACAAUCUAACGUAGACAAGUUAUCUAUAAAAAAUCAGCUUUUAAAAGAUUGGCCAUCUAUACUAAAACGAUUAAUUUAUCAGGCAAUAACGGACAAUCACACAACUACUAAUAAACUUUAA